AUGAGCCAAGAUCUAGAUGGCCUAUCCUCAAAUUUCGGGAACACCAUCGAGCCAGACGAGCCAGAUGAGGGCACCUUGUUGAAUGAUGCGACUGCAAGUUUCAGGACCGAGACAGAUACUGAGCACGAGAGCGAAUGGCCUCAAUCCUCCGUCUUUGUCACCCUGCAUCGUAUUAGAAAAUUUGUACUUGCAAGCAUAGAUGACCCUUAUUCUUUGGAUCAAUUAAAGAGCCCAAGAGUCAACCAUCUCAUCGUCCGGCCUUUAGUAGAUCGUCUGUAUGAUGAGAACGACUACUCCAUCGUCUACUGCCUUCUCGCAAACCGGGUACAGUUCCUCCGCGAACAGUCCAGCGUCAUCGACCAGAGCACCAGCAUAGCUCGCGCAACAUUAUGCGAGCUAUUGGCCAUCAAGAUUCUGCGUAACUUUCAUGACGACAAUCCAGGUCUAGAUGGUCUCUUGCUGCUCUCCAAGAUCCUGGUCCAGGGCUUUGAUCCCUUCCAUGGCGCUCCGCCCGAAGUUGAACAGUACGGGCGCUAUCCGCAAUGGCCGAUACAGAAACGCGGCGGCCAUGAGAGGAAGCUGACAGCACUCGAACUCGCCAUCAUAUCCGAGAGCAAGAACUUUGUCAGUUCUUCGGGAUGCAGACGAGUGAUUGAUGCAGUGUAUCGUGGUCAGAUCGUCUACACCCCUUUGUCGUUUGUUGAUAUUCUCCCAAAUCAUUAUGAGUACCUUCCUGUGUCUUUGUAUGAGCCGCGAAAGGCACCGCUGCUCGACCAUCACCGCCUGGUGGUUCCGCGCACCCGAUACAUGAUCGAGCUAGUGCACUAUAUCAUUCUCACUCUGCUGUAUGUUUACACGAUGCAGUAUCGUGAUCCUGAGAACUUGACCGGAAAUGAGGUUGUCUUCAUUCUCUAUUCUGCUGGUUGGGUACUUCAUGAGCUUGCUGCCAUCAUUGAGCAUGGAUGGAUGAUUCACUCACAGACGUUAUGGUCAUUCUUGGAUCUCUCAUACACCGUCAUCUUCAUGGCCUACAUUACUGUCCGGGCAUAUGAGCUGGCUGUAAGCAGCGUGCAGAAUGGCAUGGCACAUAACAUACUCUGCCUCGCCGCUCCUAUCCUGCUAACAAGACUGGCUUUCAACAUUUUACCAGAUCAUAUCGUCUUCAUUUCGCUUCAUGCAAUGAUGAAAGAGUUUCUGAUCCUAACAUUCCUCGCGAUAUGGUGUUUUACGGGCUUCCUGUUAGCUCUGCAGUGGCUUUCUCCAAGGGAUGGCUCAAUUCCAAACGAUUUCACCAUCAUCAAAUGGCUACUUUGGAUCUGGUUCGGACUAGAUGGAACAGGAAUUGAGGAAUCUGUUCAAUUUCACGCCAUUUUAGGGCCGGCACUGACAAUUGCCUUUGCCUUCCUCGGCAAUACUCUAUUUCUCACGAUUCUCGUCUCACUCCUCACCAACCGGUUCAGCACCAUUGUUACGUCUGAAGAUGUUGAGAUCCAGUUCCGAAAGACAGUUCUCACAUUUGAGGGCGUGAAAAGCGACGCCAUCUUUGCUUAUCCGCCACCCUUCAACCUCUUUGCUCUACUCAUACUGCUUCCUAUGAAACCAUUCCUGUCGCCGCUUGAGUUCUACUCGAUUCAUGUCUUUCUCGCACGACUUGUCAAUGCACCUCUUCUGUUUUGCAUCGGUUUUUAUGAGCGCCGACGCCUAUGGACUUUUGGGCCUAACGCAGCCAAAGUCUCGAGAAUGUGGAAGUUUACUGGUUUCUCACCGCACGGCGACAUACAGGCUGUGUUUGAAGUAGAAGCCCCUGCUGAAGUUCUACGAGAGGCUGAUGAAUUGGAUGGACUGAGUGAAAUGGGCUUUUCCGAUGGGGACGCCCCUCAGUAA